GCUAGGGCUGCCACCGGGAAAACACACGUGCUCAACAUUUUUUUUUCCCCCCCAUUUUCUCUUUCGUUCAUUUUCUCCACAUAUCGCUCAAAGAGAGUAAAACGCACUGUAUUUUGCGCAUUAUGGUGGCGCACCCUCGUUAUAUACCCUGCAAUAGUGCCCACACAAUGCACCCGGUGUUAUUGCGAGGCGAAUGUCAAUCGUUGGUUCACGAGCGAGUUGGCUCAUUCAGUGAAACUUUAAACAAAAGGAAAUAUUCGGAAGUGACACGAGUGUUGUCUUAGAUUCAUGAAAAUAGUGAAAGCACUUUCAAUUUUUUCCUCGUCAGUGAUUCCCUGCACAUUCAAUCCUUCCACCAAUUUACCCAACAUUAUUUAUUAUUUAUUCCCCACUCACUAUUAUUUUAUCCCAAUUUUUAAAUUUAUUCUCCACCGAUUCGAAGAUCCAUUUUCACUCCUUCUCACCCCGUCGACUUAUCAGUAUUUUUUUCCACUAAUUAUCCUGAUAAAUAAGGAAACAAACAGAUCCGCCUGUUCCCUGAAUCAUUAAUUAUUAAUUGGCACAUUAUUUUUUUUUUAAUAAUUUUUUUAUCAUUUCCAUUCGUCGAAUCAAUCAACAAUGACUGAAAAAAAAAAUUGUGGGCGGUAAUGACCACGUGUAAUUCGAUCCUCAUCACCGAUCGCAUCCGUUUAUCUCGUUAAAAUUACAUUCUCCACGCCCUUCGGCACAAGGGACCAGGGGGGGGGGGGAAGUGUGAUAAAAAGCUCCGAAAAAAGCAUCAAAGAAUUUUCAAACUCUCGGCCGUCUCAGUCCUCGGAUUAGUUGAAGCGACUCCCGCCUUUUUCAACACCGCCAGUUUUUACUGUCGCCUUUUUUUUUUCUCUUCCGGAGAAUCAGUUCUCACUGACGAGUUCACUGAGUCGCUCAAACACACGCGGUUACAUAAUACCCGAGCAGACUGUUACACACAUAUGUAUCAGUUUAUACGCGAAUCCAUCAACUCCCCCAUUUUUCCAUCUCGUAGCCGGUGUACGCGGCAUAAAGCUCCAUCGAUCUCUCGACAGAACCAAUGAGCGAGAGAAAUUAAUUUUAACUGAAUGAAAAUGUCAAUUUCCUCUUGCAAAAAAUAUUGAAUUAAGUAAAAAUUAAUAUUCACUCGACUGAAAUGCUGGGGUAUAAUUAAAGUGCUGAUAAGACUGAUUAAAAUUGUGCCCUGAAUACUGGAGAUGCGAGUGAUAAUGAAAAUUAAAACGUCAGUUCAGUGCUGAGGAAAAAGGUCGACGGGGUUAAUCGCAAUGUCCACACCAGACAUGAUGGACAGAAUCGACGAGGUCGAGGCGGUCUGGAAUGAGAUGCUGGAAUGUGAGUCUGGAUCUCUCCUUGGUAGAGUAGUGGACCUCGAGAGACAGUCCUUGGCACAGAGAGAUGAGAUUGUUUGUCUUCGUGCAACUUUGGCGGAUGCAUUGAGGAGAAUCAACCAAUUGGAAGGGAGAGAUAAGCGAGAAGAUGAGAGAAGUGAGAGGAGAAAUGAGCGACUCACAUCGUCACCGAUGAGGAAUGGCCACGUGCCCUUGCGAAGCGUUCAGAAUACGACGCAGAAGGACAUGAGGGUGAGGCAGACCAAUGCAUCGUGCUUGAGAUCAUCCCCUUCUUCAGGGUCUGCCCAGGACGUCAGGGACUCCACUGGGGGCCUCAGGAGACCGGUGAGCUAUGCUGCACCAUCACAGUUACCACAAAGGCGAUCGGUUCACUACCAGUCGACAGGAUCACUGCAUUCAGACAGCCCCAGCAGCAGCAGUGUCUCCCCAGUACCAUCACCAAGUCCUCGAGCAACUCCUCUGCCAGUCGCCAGAUCGCCAACAACGAGAACAAAUGGGCCACCGCAGAGUAGUUUGAGACGAGCGAAACGCUGGUCGUCAACCGGUGACUUUACACAUUCACCACAGUCACCAGGGAAUAAUUCACAACUGGGUACAGCCAGAUUGUCAGCAUCAACCAAGUCACUGUUCAACCUCUUCAAGCCUCCGGUUCUCAGCAACGUCAAGCACGGCACAAGAGAAAUGCAGUACAAUGAGUCAGAGGGAACGGUACGAAUGUACCUCAGAGGAAGACCAGUGGUGCUGUACGUGCCAACACCUGCAUUGGACACCUAUGACCCACACAAGGUUAAUACACCACCUCAGAGUAAACUAAAAUUAGAUUGGGUGUAUGGAUACAGAGGUAGAGACUGCAGAAGUAAUCUUCAUCUCUUACCAACUGGUGAAAUUGUCUAUUUCGUUGCUGCUGUUGUUGUCCUCUACAACAUGGAGGAGCACAGCCAAAGGCAUUACUUGGGGCACACAGAUGAUGUCAAAAGCAUGGCUGUUCAUCCGAAUAAGAUGGUGGUGGCAACUGGACAAGUUGCAGGGACUGAUAGGAGAGAAGCUAUGCCCCACAUAAGAAUAUGGAAUGCUGUGAGCCUGGCGACUCUGACGGUGAUUGGAACUGGUGAAUUUGACGGUUCAAUCUGUUGUUUGUCAUUCUCGAAAGCGGAUGGUGGUAGUUACCUGUGUGCAAUUGAUGAGACAUCGGAUCACAAUAUCUCUAUUUGGGAUUGGCAGAAGGGGGAACGCGGUACCAAAGUCACUGAGACCAAGUGCUCAGUGGAUACGGUCGUCUGCGCUGAAUGGCAUCCACUGGAACGCAACCAAAUUGUCUCCUGCGGUAAGGGACAUGUGUCGUUUUGGUCCUUGGACAAUGGUGGAAUGUUGUACAAGCGUAUGGGGGUGUUCGAGAGCAGGGAGAAGCCCAGAUAUGUGACUUGUGUUGCAUUCAACCAGAAUGGAGAUACACUCACUGGUGAUAGCAAUGGAAAUAUCAUCGUCUGGGCAAGAGGCACCAACACAAUAUCUAGACUGGUUCGAAACCUCCACGAAGGAUCGAUCUUCUCGAUUUGCGUCCUGAAGAAUGGAAAUGUCGUGACUGGAGGUGGCAAAGACGGAAGGAUCCUCUACUUCGACGGCUCCCUGAACUCCACUGGGGAAGGAGCACAGAUUGAGGACCACUUCGGAGGCAUUCGAACGGUCUCCGAAGGAAGAGGAUCGCAGCUGUUGAUUGGAACAACUAGAAAUUGUAUUCUCGUUGGAGAUGUCGAGAUGGGAUUCUGUCCAGCUAUGCUAGGACACACUGAGGAGGUCUGGGGACUCGCGGCACAUCCAACACUUCCACAAUUCGCUACCUCAGGGCAUGACAGACUCUUGCAGAUGUGGGACAGUCUCAGUCACUCGGUUGUAUGGAGCAAAGAUAUUGGGGAGCAAGCUCAAAGCGUGUGCUUCUCACCCAAUGGGGGAGUAAUGGUUGUGGGGUGUGUCUCGGGGAAGUGGCUCGUCAUCGAUAGUGAAUCGAGGGAAUUUUAUACGCAACAUACCGAUGGGUCGGAAGCUCUUCAGGUGGUGAGAUUUUCUCCUGAUGGGACAUUACUUGCCCUGGGAUCACGGGAUAAUCAUAUUUACAUAUACCAAGUCAGUGAGGAUGCGAGGAAGUACAGUCGUGUUGGAAGGUGCAUGCCAAAGAGGAUGCGACGAAUUCGUGGACAUUCCAGCUUUAUAACUCAUCUCGAUUGGUCUGUGGAUGGACAGUACUUGAGGAGCAACAGUGGAGAUUAUGAAUUAUUAUACUGGAAUGCCGGUGUCUGCAGACAAAUUCCCCAGUCCUCUACCUUACGAGACGUCGACUGGGAAACCCACACAUGUGUAAUAUCAUUCGAGACCAUCGGUAUAUGGCCCGAAGGGGCUGACGGUACCGACGUAAAUAACUGCGCUAGAAGUGGUGAUGGCAAGCUCUUAGCUACUGGAGAUGAUUUUGGAAAAGUUAAAUUAUUCAGUCAUCCUGCUUGCCAACCGAAGUCAUUAUCACACGCUUACGGUGGUCACUCCAGUCACGUGACCAACGUAUCAUUCCUCCAGGAUGACACACGUCUGGUAUCGGCAGGUGGUGCUGAUACCAGUGUUCUCCAGUGGAUCGUCAACUAAUUAUUCUCGAAAUGAGGGAGAAAACAAUUAAGAUAGUCACGGAGCGUAAGAGAACAAAGGUCCGAAUAUUUUCAAUAAUAUCUCGACGAUUUAUAUAAAUUAAUGAUAAGAAUCAGAACGAUAAUGAUAAUGAAAGAUGAAAACUAUUGCAACCAUGAUACCGUCCAUGUGAAAGUGUGAAUUUAAAACAGUGUCAAUUUAUUUUCUACGUACUUACAUAUUCUCGUGGAUUAUCAACUCUCCCAACCAAUAAUCAUUACCGUUAUGAUUGUUUAUGAAAUUAUUUGUGCAAAUUGAGAGUUAAGUAGACGAUACUUAAGUGUGCUUCGUACGGGAUAAUUGUUUGAUAAUAUUUUUCAUGCGGAUAAGUGUCUUCACUGACCUACACAGGUGUAAAUAAUGCAAAAGUAUUUGUAACGCGUUAUCCUUAACUGAUUCCUACGUCAUAAUAUUAUCUAUUUUCUACGUAAUCUUUCUCUAUUUUUUUUUUCGGUAUAAAAAUGCUCUACCAAAGUUCAACUGAACAGUCCGCGAUAUAUUAUUUUUCCAAACGCUAUCGUCGUGUAAGAUAAUGGAAAAUAUGGGGAUACGUAUAAAUUUUGAACACGUUCUAUUUAUCUGAGGGAUAUGACAGGGGUGAGAUAUUAAUUCAGUUGUGAAGGGAUUUUUGUUGAUUUUUUUUUGUGGAAAUAAUUCAUAAAGGCUGGGACAUGAUUUUUCGACUGGAUUAUUUUUUAUUGAACGAUUGCGAACGAGAAUUCAUUGGAAAUUUAAUUAUCACCAAGAGUUUUCAUAAAAUUUACGUCAAUAAAUAAAAUCAGAUGAUUUUCUGCAGACACCUCGACAUUAACUCAAAAAAAUCGUGAAAAAUUCCGUCCCUUGACAUUUUCCAGUUCACAACUGAAUUAAAAUUCGUUAUAAGUGAAUUGUUGUGUAAAUUCUAUAGAAGUGCAAGUGAAACUGUUGUACCAGAGAAUCAACAGAUGGAAAAUAAUAAUGAGUUGAGAAAAAAUCAAA